AUGGCGGCCUCAAAGGCGGUGGCUGACUCGCCGAAACUCGAAUCGUCGGUCAUCCGACCCGCCCGGCUCAACUACCCAUGGAAGCAGUGGACCCCCGGUCGGAUGUGCGCAGUAGGACCGGUGGCGGCCGCGCCGGACCGGAUAUCGGAGAAGGUGGUGGAGAGCAUAAAGAACGCGGAGGAGACCUGCUCGGAGGAUCCGGCGAGCGGGGAGUGCGCGGCGGCGUGGGAUGAGGUGGAGGAACUCAGCGCCGCCGCCAGCCACGCACGUGACCGCCUCAAGGAUUCGGACCCGCUUGAGGAUUUUUGUAAGGAUAAUCCCGAGACGGAGGAGUGUCGCACGUAUGAGGACUGAGUGAUUUAAUUUCUUUCUAUUUCGAUUUUAUUUGCAACUUUUUUUUUUUGUUGGCUUUUUUUUUCCUUUUGGUAAAGUAGAAUGGUUAUUUGUGUGUCUUUUUUUGGGCCUUGUUUGUGUUUUUAUGUGAAAUAAAAAUGACUAGAAAAUAUUUUAGUUCCCACUUAUUAAA